AAAUAAUUAUGUAAGCUCAUUCAACACCCACAUCUAUUUCAAUUAGUGCAGGGCCCAGAGAUCCAUAAUGGAUAGAUAGACUUAAAGAAGAGUAUACAGCAUUAAUCAAUUACAUAAAAAAUAAUAAAAGCGAAGAUAAUGAUUGGGUUAAAUUAGAACCAGCUAACAAAGAAUGCACUAAGUAAUCUAAAUCAAAAUACUAAAUAGUUGGAAAGGAAAAUGUUGGGUUGUUCAUAAUUUGAUUAGAUAUGAAUUUGAUUUCUAAUUUGAAGUUAACAAAGCACUAUUAUUUAGAUACCUCCAACAUAUCCUUUAGCCCCAAUUGAAAUUGAAAUUCCAUCCCUUGAUGGAUUGACACCUAAAAUGUACAGAGGUGGCAAAAUCUGUAUUGAUAUUCAUUUUGCUCCUUUAUGGUAAAAAAACGCACCCAAGUUUGGAAUUGUUCAUGCCUUACAACUAGCUGUAAUUAUAUAAAGUUAUUAAUUAAAUAGUUGGCACCUUGGUUAGCAGCUGAAAUCCCAGUGUUGAUUGAAGAAGGUAAAAUAAAAAAGGAUUGAUAAUGUAUAAUAAAAUUAA